AUGUCGGAUUCUGUUCAAGUAGCAGGAAAGAGAAAGCGUGCCAGGACCCAGUCCUGCCCUCCUCCCGAACUGCCUCAGCUUGUCGCUGAGCAACAUGUCCCCAUCUCCGCUCACGAUAAGGAGACCCAGCGUUUGAUCGUCGUCCUGUCUCAUGCAAGCUUGGAAACUUUCCGCGCCUCUCAUGGCGGACGCAGCGGCACCAACCGUGAUGAAAAAUACUCCUUGCUCAACAGCGACGAGCAUAUCGGUGUGAUGCGCAAGAUGAACAGAGACAUUAGCGAGGCUCGACCGGAUAUUACCCAUCAGUGUCUCCUCACCCUCCUCGACUCGCCCGUCAACAAGGCCGGUAAACUUCAGAUCUACAUUCACACCGCUAAGGGUGUCCUGAUCGAAGUGAACCCUAGCGUUCGCAUUCCUCGUACUUUCAAGCGAUUUGCCGGUUUGAUGGUCCAAUUGCUGCACCGACUCUCGAUUCGCUCCACCAACUCGCAAGAGAAGCUGCUCAAGGUGAUCAAGAACCCUAUCACCGACCACCUGCCCCCGAACUGCCGCAAGGUCACCCUCAGUUACGAAGCCCCCGUGGUGCGCACUCGGGACUAUAUCGAAUCGCUGGGCCCCAAGGAGAGCUGCUGUAUCUUUGUCGGAGCCAUGGCCAAGGGCCACGAUGACUUUGCCGACUCCUUCAAGGACGACACCAUCAGUAUCAGUAACUAUAGUCUGAGUGCCAGUGUGGCCUGUAGCAAGUUCUGCCACGCCGCCGAGGAAGUGUGGGACAUCGUCUGA